CACUCCAGAUGAACAACCUGACUCAAGUCAUCACUGUCUUAGAGAAAAAUGUGACAAACCUGACUGCAGAAAACCGGAACCUUAGAGGGAAAAAUGAGGAGCUGGAGGCAGAGAAGAAAAACCUAACAGACCAAAUACAAAACAUGACAACAUUGUGGAAUGAGCUCAAUGUUAGUCGAGCUCAAUGGAGCAUUGAUGCCUACUGUCCCAAGAAUAAAAAUAACAACAACCGACAGUGUAUAAUUUGUCAGGAUGGCUGGCUUUCCUUCCAGUCAGGCUGCUAUGCAAUUAAUGAUGCUCAAUCUCCUAACCAGAAAACCUGGGAAGGUGCUCGAGAUGACUGUAUAGGAAAGAUAUCAGAUUUGGCUGUUUUGAAUAAUGAAACAGAAAAGAGUUAUAUCAGUGGCAACAGCUGGUGGAAUUCACGAAACAGACCAUACUGGAUUGGUCUGAGAGUCGAAGAUGGGAACUGGAAGUGGGUGGAUGGAAGGAAUCUGACUAACAGUGCCUGGAUCCCAGAGUCUCCUACUGAUGGUCAGUGUGCAAUCUCUGUCAGAAAUCCAGGAUUUAAGUCAGUGAACUGUACUGAGAAGAACCAAUGGAUCUGCAAGAAAAAAGCCUUAACUCUUUGA